AUGAUCCCAACUCGUUGGCCAGAUGAUGAGGAUGAACGUCGCCGGGAUGUUGUCGAGUCUCCUCAAGAAAGAAUGAAAAAUACUAUUAUCAGGUUGGGAGAAGUGGAUCCACUGCAAGAAAUAUCCGCUGUGGAAACAAGUAUUCGCGAACUGGCACCCCCGGAUAUCUGUAAUCUCUCCGAGUCUUUUCAUAUAGGCGUAACCGAACAACCUUACAAAAUUCCAUUUUAUGCCGCCCUGCUCAGACUGCUGCAUAACAAUCCGUCCCAGGGUGGAGAUUCUAUAGGUGCAGAUGAGAUUUCAUUGGGAAAACAAAUCUUGGAGGAAUUCUGGAAAGGCUUUCAGGCAUAUGUGGACAAAUUAAUGUGGAGAGAAACUCGACUUUGCAUCCAUUUUUUUGCUCACUUGACUUCCGCUCAGCUUAUCUCAACCGAGUCUUUUGCUGCUCUGUUGCAAUCUUUUACCGCGGUUCUGGACGAAUUCGGUGUUUCGCACGGGCGCGCUAAACGCGCUGCAUUGUGUGCCGCGGAAGGUCUAAUGAUCGCCGGCGCCGUCUUGACCUUAGCUACACCCACUUUCUCGCGUGAAAUAAUAUCAUCCAUCCAAAUGUAUACAGAAACUACCACUUCUGGGAAAUGGAUCGUACAACCUAUAGUACGAUUACAUUCCUCCGCUGUGACGGUGGAAAAUGCUGAUGAGCUUUUGGAUACUGCCCUCGUCGUGUUGAAAGCACUUGAAAGCUCAGACUUUGUAGGACCAUACCCUAGACCAUACUCUGAAUAUCCUCCCCUAGAUACAUCGACGUUCAGUGCAUUCGUCCUACCCUCGGUUCUGGUCCCUCCCGAAGUGAUAGAACUGGAUGGCUUAUCCACUGAAGCAGAGGAGUCCGAGAUCAAGAGGGAAGAAUGGCCAGAAUAUUUUUUGAGGCUCUUUGGUGACGACGUCACUCCUGACCCGAACACGCCAGCCGGUUACGCUGUUCGCACCGACCUUCUUGCUAUAAUUGAUAUCUUCGAGGUGAAUCGUAAAGAAGCUGCUAGACUUCUACUCGAAUAUCCAAAGUGGGUUGUAUCAGGGACCUUCAAACCUAAACCUGGAGCACCUCCUCUUGAGGUGGAGCCCCUCGUAACUUAUGAUUGGCAAUUAGAAAGCACUUUGCUCGAGACCAUGCUUGGCGCCUCUCUUGUCCUACCUCAGUCCUCACAGGCCCAAAUUUACUAUGAUAGCUUGAUUACAGAAGUAUGCAAGCUAUCCCCGUCAACUGUUGGGCCCGCAGUCGGAAAAUCUAUACGAAAACUCUACAGCAGCCUUACAGACGGGCUUGACGUAGAAAUUGCAAGACGUUUUUCGGAGUGGUUUGCAAUUCACAUGAGCAAUUUCAACUUCCAAUGGGUAUGGAAGGAGUGGAUUCCAGAUCUUGAGUUGGCCGUUCAACACCCCAAGCGCGCGUUCAUGCGCACAGCUGCAGAAUAUGAAAUUCGAUUAUCGUACUACGAUCGUGUCGUCAAAAGUCUCCCCGAGGCAAUGCAUGCACCCGAGGCGCACGUACUGCCAAAACAAGCUCCCGGCCCUGAUUUUCUAUACGAUGAUUCUUCGAAACCACAUCAUGAUGCUGCACAGUCCAUUCUCAAUCUCUUCCGUGGACGUGCAAAAGCGGAAGAUGUGAUAACUCACCUCGACACCUUACGAAAUACCCUUGAGUCAGAAAUAUCAGAAACCGAAAAUGUAAACUCCCUUGUCCGGAUUAUCAGCACUCAAUCACUUCUCCACAUUGGCUCACGUUCCUUCUCCCAUCUACUGAACGCCAUUGAAAGGUAUCUUCCCCUGCUUCGAACCCUCGCUAGCGGCGGGGUAACUGCCAGCGCAGGCGCUGGAAAUCCCGAGGCUAAAGCCGACAUCCUAAGCGCAGCAGCGUCGUUCUGGAAAUACAAUCCACAGAUGGUGGCCAUUGUCUUCGACAAGCUGAUGCAAUAUCAGAUCGUCGACCCUACGGAUGUCGUUUCGUGGACAUUCCUGCAUGUCAGCGAAGUAGACGAAUUCGAGGCAGAUCUGAAGGCCCCGUUAAAUUUGAGCGCAUUUGAGUGGAAUUUAUUGAAGGGGGCGCUGGAUAAAGCAAUUGGACGAGUAAAUAUUGCGAGGAGGAGACUUGCACUUCUGAGGAAAGAGGACGAUGAAAACAGGGCUAGAGCAAAAGCGAACGGCGGAAACAUGGAUGUUGACGGGGAGGCAAAAUCAGAUGAGCCCGUACCAGAAGAUCCCGCUCUUGCCGUCGCUGUAAAGGCUUUUUCCAGCCUCACCAGAGAACAAAAAGCUGCUCUUUCUCGAACACUCGAGGGUUUCGUUUCAUGCCUUGCGCCUUCAAUCUCAAGUUCACAUCCUAAUCCGAAAGCCCGCGAAAUCCUCACUGAAAACUCCUGGCACAAUCGCGCAAAUUGGGGCAAAGACGAAUGGAUUGCUUGGGAGACAUGGGGCUGGUAUCGGCAUUUCUGCAGAGCGUAUUCUCCGUAUUUGCGGAAUUACGCGGCUACAUUCACGGCGGUAUCGUUCGCAAGAUUCGAAGGACAGUCAGACCCGGCAUCAGACCUUCUACAAAAAAUCUGGGAUAUUUCGAUAGGCCAGGAGUAG